CUGCUGUGCUACCACGGACCCCGAGCCGUGAACACGUGUGUGUGUUUGUAGCUGGUGGUACUGUGGAGUUACGUUAACAACAAAAUAGUCUCAGGACAGGACAGUCUACAGGACAUAGAGCUAACAGGCUAGCUGUAGCCGACACCAGGUGUGUUGAUGAUGUCAUCAGCAGAGGACCAGCUGUGUCUGAACAUCAGCAGCAGUUGGUCUUCACCUUCAUCACUGAGGAAGAAGCGUCUGACUGCGCAGCAGAGAUGGGCCAGAAAGAAACAACAAGCAGAGAAGAGGAGGUGCAGUUCCUCAGAGGAGGAGAGGGGACACUUCUCCAAACACAGGAGGUUGCAGCGCUCUGCUGCACCUGAGCAGGAGGUGCACGUACAGGCCAAAGCUCCGCCUCCUCCUCCUGCAGCAGAUUCAGAUUUUCCACCUGCUGACGUGGAUGACAGGAAACCAAAGAAGAAGAAAGAGCAGGAUGGAGGGAAGGAAACAGGAAGGAGCAGCAUUAAGACUUCCUCCCUGUUCAAACACAACCCAGAUAUACCCGAGAUCCACAGACCAGUUGUUUCCCAGGUGAAGGAGAAGAUCUUCACCUGUGAUUUGUUCUCAGACCUCCACCUGCACCCACAUCUGGUGGCGACACUAAACAAAGUCCUCAAUGUUUCCACUCUGACUAGUGUUCAGAAACAGACCAUCCCAGCACUUCUGGCCGGGCGAGACGCCGUUGUCCGAUCUCAGACGGGAUCAGGUAAAACUCUGUCCUACGCCAUCCCCCUUGUCCAGAGUCUUCAGUCGGUCCGGCCGAAGGUCUGCAGGGCUGAUGGUCCUCUGGCUGUCAUCGUCGUCCCCACCAGAGAGCUCGCCCAGCAGGCCUUCCACACCUUCCAGAAGCUUCUCAAGCCAUUUACCUGGAUCGUCCCAGGUGUUCUGAUGGGAGGAGAGAAGAGGAAAGCAGAGAAGGCCAGGCUCCGUAAAGGAAUCAACAUCCUGGUUUCAACCCCUGGACGUCUGGUGGAUCAUAUCAAACACACUCUGAGCAUCACAUUCAGUGCCGUCCGCUGGCUGAUCCUGGAUGAGGCUGAUCGGACGUUGGACCUGGGCUUUGAGAGGGAUCUGACCAUCAUAUUAAACAGUCUGAAUUCUACAGGACCAAGUCGACAGAAUGUCCUGCUGUCUGCUACACUAACACACGCUGUGACCCGAUUAGCAGACCUGUGUUUAAACGACCCAGUCAGCAUCCACAUGUCUGGCCCCGCCUCCUCUGACCUCACCACCGCUGUGACCUCUGACCCCAGCUCAGCCAGCCAGUCGGAGAGCUUUGCUGUGCCAGAGUCUUUGAAGCAGUAUGUGGUGGUGGUUCCCAGUAAGAUCCGACUGGUCUGUCUGGCUGCUUUCAUACUGGACAAAUGCAAGUUUUUCCGUGACAACAAACUCAUCGUCUUUGUCUCGAGCUGCGAGGCUGUCGAGUUCCUCUACUCAUUGUUCACCUCCGUCCUCACGGGGCCCUCGGCCAGUGACAAGUCUCAGCUUCGCUUCAUGCGUCUCCAUGGCAACCUGAAGCAGGAGGAGCGCUCUGACGUCUUCCAGCAGUUUUCAGUGACUCAGUCUGGGGUCCUGCUCUGUACGGAUGUAGCGGCCAGAGGUCUGGACCUUCCUCGGGUCACCUGGAUUGUUCAGUACACUCCUCCGACAGCAGCAGCAGAAUACGUUCACCGUGUCGGACGGACAGCUCGUAUCGGAGGAGGAGGAAGCAGCCUGCUCUUCGUCACCCCUGCUGAGACUGCCUUCAUCACUGAGCUGGCCAAUCACAACAUCAGCCUAUCAGAGAUGAAGCUGCUGGACAUCCUGUCCUGUCUGAUGAUGGAUGACACUUACAAGGGGCGGGGCAAAUACCACAGCAAGAGUUCGUCCAGAGCUCUGGAGCAGGAGACCCGAGAGAGGGCCACUGUGCUACAGACCCAGUUUGAGGACUUUGUCCACUCAGACCAGGACUCGGUCCAAACCGCCAAGAAAGCACUACAGUCCUUCCUGCGGGCCUACACCACCUACCCCGCUCACCUCAAACACAUCUUCCAUAUCCGCUCGCUCCACCUGGGACACACCGCCAAGAGCUUCGGCCUCAGAGACGCUCCGCAGGGUCUGAGCUCUGCCUCCGGAAACCACAACAAGAAGCAGAGCAGGAGUCUAGUCCAGACCCAGAAGAGGAAGCUAGCCAGCAGCCAGACAGCACGGCGGGGCAGAGCUGGAGACAAGAGGGUAUGUCCCGUUCAGAGGGAGGUCAGCUUGAUUCGCUCGGAGUUCUCCAGCGGGAUCGAGGAUGGGGAUGCCAAGAAGAAGAAGAAGAAGAAGAAGAAAGGAAGAUGUGCCUCAGGGGAGGAAGCGGACUAAAGGGGAGGAUACCAGGGAGUGAGAGUGAACUGGAACUUCUCCCACAGUAACAGACUUUUCAGUCGUCAGUGUCUGAACCCAGGUGGCACGUCAACGCAGGUCGUGUUGUGGGACACGAGCCACAGCGAGAAUGGUUUUGACUCGAACUGUAUUAUAUGUGUGAAAAUAAAAGCCCUGGUGAUGUGAACAGGA